AUGGUUAUAUAUGCUUGAUUAUUAAUUCUACAGUAAUUUAUAUUUUUUAAAACCAUCAUUCGAAAUGAAAUUUGUCGACAGUAGAUACAAAUCUUACAAACUCGCGCGCCAUCUCGUGGCUGGUGCUUUAAUAUGAGAUGAUUUGUUGAGACCAAAGGUCGAAAAUUUUUAUAUUGUGAAUCCAAGAUAUGUGCACAUAUCUAAAUUGUAGCGGCGUAUCAGUUUGAUAAACGAUAUUGAAAUAAAAUUCGUAUUUUGUAUAAUUCUUGUAAUCGCUUAGUAAAUUUGCUUCUAUGGCUGGUUAUUUUGUAAAUGCAACGCUGAGCGCUGCGCCGCCAUUUUCGAAUGACGAAUGUGAACACACACACGGAUUCACAGAUUGAGAGAUUCGUCGGACUGGAACAAUCGGAAUCGAAGGAAUUAAAAUCGUAAAAUUUUAGCGAGUGGUGAAGACGACGACGACGACGGCUCGAAUGUAAAAGCUGCGAAUUUUUGUGUAAUUUUGUAGAUUGUGGAGGCUGUAGAAAAUAAAGAAUAAGUCGCUAACGAUUUUAACUAAUUGUAAACGCGUGUGCAACAAUAAAUAUGCGAAGACGCAAAUUAAAGUGUUGAACGGACGAAAGCAAAUAUAUUUGAAGUCAGGCGAGCAUUAAUUACGAGUAAAAAAAAAUAUAUAUAUAUAAACUGAAUUGAAUCAGAAAGGAAUGAAAAAAGUGAAAUAGUGUGGCCAGCGCGAAAAACGUGAAGCUAUAGCUAUUGCAUAUAUAGCAAAGAACUUAAAGACAUAGCGGUGGAGAUUUUUAGAUUUAGCCGAUUUCAUCAUUGCGGUAGCGGCGGAUUAUUUUCGCUGCGCGAAUACUACUUCCAUAUGUAUAACCACACUCCACAAAAUUGUUGAAAAACAAUGACUUCGAAAAGUUUUGAGAAAUUUGAAUUAUAAAUUCAAAAUCCCGUUAGAUAAUCUUCCUUUUCCCGGCGAUUUGCUGAAGGAAAAAGCUGCCAUUGUGCAUUAAUUAAUUGUCUAUUGUCUGCCAAUACACAACCAGUUGAGUAGCGCAAGGGACUAACUAGCAUCGAAAGCUUUCAAAGUAUUUUUAUGUUGCAGACUGAAAAGUACGGAAGAGUUGCUGACCUUGCACUGGAAUUUGUGGGUAACAAAAUAUUCAAAAGAAAGCUUAGAGUAAAACUAAAAAGAUUAAGAGUAGUCAAUUUGGAGGAAAAUAUGACAACAGAUACCCGCCGACGUGUUAAAUUGUACGCUCUGAAUGCGGAGCGACAAUGGGACGAUCGUGGAACUGGUCAUGUAUCUUCGAAUUAUGUGGAUAGACUAAAAGGUAUUUCAUUGUUGGUGCGUGCCGAAUCGGAUGGUUCCUUACUUUUGGAAAGUAAAAUUCAGCCCGACACCGCCUACCAAAAACAACAGGAUACACUGAUCGUAUGGUCAGAGGGCGAUAAUUUCGAUUUGGCAUUAAGCUUUCAGGAGAAAGCUGGUUGCGAUGAAAUAUGGGAAAAAAUUUGUCAGGUUCAAGGUAAGGAUCCAUCAGUUGAAAUAACGCAGGAUAUCGUUGAAGAAUCCGAAGAUGAGCGUUUUGAGGAUAUGUCAGACACGGCACCGCCCAUUGAGUUGCCGCCAUGUGAGCUUGCACGUCUGGAAGAGAUAUCCGAGACCAUACAGAAUUGUUUAACCACACCUUUGCGAAAGGAAAAGCUUUCCAUGGCUUUAGAAUCAGAGAACUAUAUUAAGAAAUUGUUAAAUCUAUUCCAUGUGUGCGAGGAUCUCGACAAUACGGAGGGUUUGCAUCACCUCUUCGAAAUUUUCAAGAACAUUUUUCUAUUAAACAAGAAUGCAUUGUUCGAAAUUAUGUUCGCCGAAGAUACUAUUUUCGAUGUGGUUGGCUGCCUAGAGUAUGAUCCGAGUUCCACCCAACCAAAGAAGCAUCGUCAGUAUUUAAAACAAUGGGCCAAGUUCCGCGAAGCAGUACCGAUUAAGAAUCAGGAUCUGCUCGCUAAAAUUCACCAAACGUUCCGUGUACAAUACAUACAAGAUAUUAUUUUGCCGACCCCAUCGGUAUUUGUCGAAGACAACAUGUUGAACACGCUGUCCAGUUUUAUAUUCUUCAAUAAAGUGGAAAUUGUCACACUCAUACAAGAGGAUGAACGCUUCCUGGUCGAUAUGUUCACACUUUUAACAGAUCCCAGCACCAACGAUGCCAAGCGUCGCGAUAUUGUGCUAUUCCUAAAGGAAUUCUGCAAUUAUGCACAAAAUUUACAACCGCAAGGCAAGGACUCUUUCUACAAGACACUCACCUGUUUGGGCAUAUUGCAAGCACUCGAGAUCACAUUGGUGAUGAACGACGAAAAGACCAAGGCGGCCUCAAUAGACAUACUCACAGCGAUUGUGGAGUUCUCACCGUUGGUCGUACGCAAUUACACACUGCAGCAGGUCAACCGCACAGAGGGGGUAAGUGUGGAUCGCAUGUUAUUGAACAUUGCCAUUGAACAAAUGUUGAGCGACUCAGAGCCAGAGCUGGGGGUCGCCGUGCAAUUAAUGGGCAUCAUUAAAAUUUUAUUGGAACCAGAAAGUAUGCUAACUGAGAAAGCAGACUUUUUGAAUUUCUUCUAUAAGCAUAGCAUACAAACACUGAUUGCACCACUACUUAUUAACACAAUCGGUGAUCGUCCAGAUAGUGAAGACUACCAAACCGCACAAUUGCUUGGCAUUGUUUUGGACAUAUUGUCAUUUUGUGUGGAGCAUCAUACUUAUCAUAUUAAGAACUUUAUCAUACAAAAGGAUCUCCUAAAGAGAAUACUUGUGCUUAUGAAAAGCACACAUACGUUCCUCGUACUUGGCGCGCUUAGACUUUUAAGGAAAAUUAUUGCACUUAAAGACGAGUUUUACAAUAGGCAUAUAGUUAAAGGUAACUUAUUUGCACCAGUUGUCGACGCAUUCAUUAGAAAUAACGGCAGAUACAAUUUACUCGAAUCGGCUAUUCUGGAAUUGUUCGAGUUUGUAAAACUUGAAGACAUCAAAACACUUUGCGUCUAUUUCGUGGAGAAUUUCAGUAAAAUAUUUGAUGAAAUCGAAUACGUACAAACAUUUAAAUAUCUCAAAAAUCGCUACGAUCAGUAUCAAGACCGAAUAAAGGAUCGCGACAAGAUGUCGCUGGAUACCGGUAUACCCAUUAUACGUAGUCGUUUCCGUCGUGACCCGCGACAAAUGGACGACGAAGAGGAGAUGUGGUUCAAUGAGGAGGAGGAUUUCGCCGACGAAUAUGACACCUAUAACAGUGUUAUGAAAUCCGUCACUGAAAAGAAUGGCCCUUCACAAUCUCCGUCACAGCAACAAUCAUCGAUGCAACAAAAAUCGCCACCCCAAGGUGCACAACAUGGCGGCCUGCUGGGCAGCAGUAGCAGCGUGAAUAGUUUGAGCUCCACAACGACUACUUCAACGACAUUAACACCGGCUGUAGGCGUUAGCGGUGUCGGUGGUGUCUCAUCCAUCAGCGGUGUGAGUCUCAGCGAUGUGGUUUCGAAUGCGUCCAAUAGUAGUAGUAGUAUUGAGCAUUCACAGUCUGCCGCUGUUGCCACACAGGCGCAUUUAGGUGCAGCUGCUGUGGCAGCCAAUAUUGCGCUUCAUCAUCAGCAGCAAACGGCACUGCACAAUUUCCAGCAACAACAGCAGCAACUAAAUUUGAAUAGCACAUUGGUGGCAGCAGCUGCAGCCGCUGCGGCAGGUGUGGCCAGCACAUCGGCAGCUGGUGCUGCCCAUUUGGAGGCGCAGAAUCAACACCAGCAUCAACAUCAGCAUCUAGAACAUUCACACGAAGAUCCCGAUAUUGUUGAACUGCGUCAGCAUUUGGUUUCGAUUGUACCACAUCAAGAAUCGGCAUUGGCCGCCGCCGCAACAUCAUCAACUGCCGUCACAGCGUCACCAUCGUCAGCGGUUACAGCCCUGCAAUCGCAAUCGUCAUCAUCAGCAUCGAUAGCAACACCAUCCACAUCGUCUGCACUAUCAGAGACGGCGGCUGCCGCUGCAGCAGCAGCUGCUUCCCAGCUACUGACAUCGAUUGCAUCGAGUGAUGCCGUCGCUGCGGUGGCCGCCGCUGCAGCAGCAGCUGUUGCGGCCACAGUGACUGGUGUGACGCCCAAUAUGAGUGGCGGUGGUGGUGUAGUAACUGCGGCGAGUUUGGCUGCAGCCGUUGUGAAGCACAACGACAGUAUCGAUAAUAUGGGUAGCGGUAACAGCAAAGAGGGAGGAGCUAUUUCGACGGUCGUCACUGGGGAGAGUAUUUUGAAGAAGGGUCUUGUUGAUUAUGAGAGUGACUCCGGCGAUGAGGAUGACUACGAGGAAGAGGAGGAGGAGGAGUCGCCGCACCAGAAGAAGCCACGUUUGGCAUAGCAAAAUUACGCUACUAAUGCAGCAGCCGCAGCGGCGGCGGCAGCAGCAGCAGCGGCCGCCGCAGCUGCAGAAUCAAUUAUUAAAACAUUCGCAACAAUGUCUUCAACACAUUACAACAACAACUGCAACAAUUUGUAAAAGCAAUAGCCAUAAAAAAUUGUAGUAGCCCGUGCCGUACAGCAAAGUACAAGCCAGCAGCUGCAGCAACAACAAUUACAACAUUAGGUGUAACAGAAAUACAAUAAUCAUAGAGCAAAUAAUUAACGAUAACAACAACAAAGUAGCAAGCAACAACCAGUCGGUCUAUGUGACUAAACAACAACAACAGCAACAACAAGCUAAGCCACAGAAGAAUGCGAGCGUAAGAAAUUGGAGGGAACUUUUGGUGUUGAUUGUUGAUAACUGACACUGCAGAUGGAUGAAUGACAGACAAAAUUAAAAUUAAAGAAAAAGCAAAAACGUACAUACAUAAUUAAACAUAGAUGCAUAGAUACAUACUACAUACAAGUAUAUAACGCGUAAUCUACUAGAGAAUAAAUAAAAUGAAAUUAAAUUCGCAAAAUACUAAUUAAAUAAAUUUUGCCGAAUUAUAAAUACAUACAUAAAUAUAGUAUGAGUGGGAAGAGCGGAGUUGAGAAAAUGAUUGAAAUCAUACAAAUCUCAAAACAAAAAAAAAAAAAUUAAAUAAAUAAAAAAUUUGAAAAAUAACAAAUUGCAAGUAAGCAAGUGAAUAAUGAAAAAUGAACACAUACUUCAUACAUUUACUUUAUAAAUUAAUAAAAUUUAAUAGUAAAGGAAAUUAACGUCAUCGUCGUUGUCGUCGCAAUGUUAAAUUUAAUUUGCAGGUGGCAACACAAUAAAUACAAAAAAAUAAAAAAAGAAGAAAAUACACCACUUCUCUGUAUAGAACCUAAACAAACCGUUCAGUGAGAUUUCGCAAUCGUUGUUGCUAAGCUAUAUCAUUACCAAUUUCGAAUAAUAUUUAAAACGAGUGCAACUGUGGGGAAUUAUUUUAGCCUAGUUCGGGCCGGUUUUUCAUUGCAAGUUUAACCAUAGUGAAUUUUUAAGCUAAACUCAAUACUGGAAGAUUACAAGAAUGAUAGAUUACCAGGUUUGUUCAGUAGUUAUGGCGAAAAGUAAAAUUGUGCGCGCAACUUUGGCUUGGAAACGAUUUCUGCGCGCUCGUUUCACUCUCACACACGCGCGUUCAAUCAGUCGUUGUUCGGAUGACAAGGAAGUAGCUUAAGCGAAGGUUAUGUUGAUUUUUUUCGUAUAUCACCAACACAAUCUGAGUGUUUUUGUUUUUUGUAAACAUAUCUACUGUUACGUCAGCGCAUCAGCUGAUUCUGUCAAAUUCACUGAGAGUCGCUUAACGGUCUGACAUUGUCCAUGCCUGCGAAGAUCUUUUCACCAUGACAAGAUUAGCUGAAAACACUGUGUUAAAUUUGAACUGAAAAAUCUGGCAUUUAGCUGCAAUCAUCCGUACUGUUAAUCCGUGCUGCAAAUCUUUCCCUUAAAAAUGCAUUAUCAAAACAGGAUAUUGUGUAAGCGUUAUAAAAAAAACCGCUCUUGGUAGUUGCGAGUAACUACAUGACUUUGGCCGCUAUAUUAUAGUGAACUCUCUCCUUACGGACACCUCUCAAGCGGACACUUUUUUCAUUACCUACCACAAAUCUUUAAGAAUUAAAAAAAAAUAUCUUUAGCGUACGACCCUCCCCCAAAUAUAUUAUUAACUUUUUUUAACGCUUUUCUCAUAAAUGGACCAAUUUUGGAGUCCCUUAGGUGUUCGCUUAAGAGAGAGUACACUGUAUUCAAAGGAAUUUUCGGAGUUGGAUGUUUAGCAAAAUCGAAUUUAAAAUUUCUCUUCUAAUUCGCGCAAAAAUUUAAAUAGAAAAAUAUCGAAGGUGAGGGAAAUGAGUUGCAAAACAAAAAAAAUACGAUUUUUCGAAUGAUGGUACAAGCAUAUACUCGUAUUUAGUGGCAUGCACCAUUUUAACUAUAUUUAAGUGACAUGUUCACCUAUAUAGGCCGUACCGUCAAACGUUUUGGAGUCGUGCAAUUAAAAUAAUUUCGUUUGUUUUGAUUAAAAAAACGUCAUUGGCAAAAUUGAAAAAAAAAACAAAUGAAAAAUAAAUCAAAUGAAAUGUUCUUGCAUUUAUAUAAUUAAUUUUCGAAAUUCUUACCAUAUAUAUUUAUGUAUAUAUUAUGCAUUGUAUUGGUACAUUCUAGAAGUCCACUCAUCAUUCAGCCACCUCUUUUCUACUAAGGGGCACGAUCUAACAGUUCAUUCAUUAAAGUGUGCUCGUUGCAUCUAUGCCUGCCGAACCCUACCCAUACACAUGCACCAGCUCACUCAUACACAGCCUCACUCAAACAGCUACGAUCACAUUCACAAUGAACCGAGUUUUAGCUAUACCUUGAAAAGUAAUUCAUUUAAAUAAGCAUAUGUAACUAACAGCAACAACAACAAGAUCGUGCACAUGAAAAUACCUACACAAUGCAUUGAGACACACAAAAAUCUUGCAUCUUGUAGUUAAAAUUCUAAAAUUUAAAAGGCAGCAAAUUGUAAAAUGCUACACCAGAAGAGACUAGGAAGAUUUUGUAAUAAUUAUGAAAAUAUGUUAGUAUUUGUAAAUGAGUGUCGUUGUAGUAGCAACAUACGCAUAUUGUUAUGUAUGUUUAACUAGAAAUACACGAAAAUAUCCAAAUGCAUGAGAUGUGGAAAUUAUGUACGCAUAACAGGCUUUAAUGUGUGAAAAAUCAAAUGCUUCAACUGCUGUAUCUCCACAUGGUCUGUCAAAGCUGUUGUUUUUGGUUAUGUUUAAGAUACAAAAACCAUACAAAACUCACUUACGACUCUUGAAACAAGUGGCUGAGUAGUUUUCUAUUUGUUUUUGUUGAAGCGAUUUUCUGAUUAGUCCGUAAAAUUGGGUUGUAUAUCGUAAUUCUUUGCCGAUUAAAUUUAACACGUUAUUUAAAUUUUAAUUUACGGAACUAAAAUGUUGCCAGUCUUGAUUUGCCUAAAAUUAAUAUUAAAUUUUUUUAAUAAAUGUAGAUUUAUCAACUGAUAUAAAAAAAUACAUUUCUAUUAAAAUUACUAUUCGAUCUCACUGAUUUCCAGUUACAAAAAAAAGAGAAAAAAAAAAAACUUGCUACAUUGUGAAUUUGUGUCGCUUACCUUUGUUGAGUAUAUUAAAACCAGGUUUAAUAUUCGGCCACGCUCAAUCCAAUCCAGCUCUCUGCUGAGUUUGAUAAGGGAACUGGGUCUGCUUGAGGUAUUGUGAUGAGCAGAGGCCACAAAAGCCGCUGAGGUCGAAGUGCGAACCUCGAAGAAAUAUAUCCAUCUAUCAAUCUAAUAUUUGGCUGCUGACUACUGCAUUUGCAAGUGAGGAAUGAGUUGCUUAUUCAUAAAAAAUAACAUUUAAAUUUAUAGCUUUUUUUGCUUUUCCUCGGAGGAGGCGCAAUUUUUUUCAAACAGUUUUGGGUUUUGCAAAAAGAAAAACAGAAAAGUGACUAAUAAUUUUGACUCGAUUGUUGUUUCUAUAUUCAAAAGCGGCGGGUUGCACCUCACUUAGGUACCGUAAUUGCCAGUGAAAAUCUGCGAUUAAAAUAGGUGAACUGCUAAAAUUUAUUUCAGCGAAACAUUUUACAUUUUAUUUCCAGUUAACGAUUUUAUUUCACUCGCAUACGUACUUCAACUCAUUUCCCUUCGUGCCUUUUUCUUCAAAACUUAAUAAAAUUGUUUUUUUUAAUUUUCAAACAAAGCCGUGUUUCAAGCAUUUCCAAAAUUUAAAAUUUGCGCUUUAACAAACACAAAUUCAAACUUACAAAAAAAAAAAAAAAAAUAUGUAUACAUAUAUUUAAAAAGAAAAAAAAAUAUUAUAAAUAUCAAAUUGUAUGUAUGUUUUCAUUAGUUUUGUUGUAAUAUAAAGAAAUAUAAUUUAGUAUAUACAGAUAAAAAAUAUGUUUAGGUCCAUACGUAUACAUAUUAUGUACUAUAUGAGCAAAGUAAUAAGAACAAAAAAUGAGAAAAUCGAUGGUAUGUAAAAUAUAUCAUUAAUCAACAAAAAACAGACAAACACACACACACACCAAUGCGGCUUCAUAGAUAUAACUACACGCAUACAUACAUGCAAACCUUUGAGAGUAAGAGGAUUGCUAAGACGAAAUACAGUCAGCGGAGUCCAAAAAAAAAAAAAAAAUUUAAGUUCUAAAUAUUAAAUAAAAUAAAUAUAUGUUUGUAUGUAUUUUCGCAUACAUUUUAAACUAUAUUACUUACUUUAAAUAUUCGAUCAUUUUGAAGUGUUUUCUUUUCAGUUUUGCGUACAUGGUUUUUUGUCUGUCGCUUUUGUCCAUUUAUAUCUUACUUUCUUAUUUAUUUAUUUUUAUAUAUUUUUAAAAAUUAAAAAAAAAAAUUUUUUAAUUUUUUAUAGAUAAGUUUUCUUUCGUAUUUAUUUUUCUUCCUUAUUUAUUUUUCUUUCUUACUUAGUUUUCUUUCUUAUUUAUUUAUUUUUUUUCUUAUCGAUUUUCCUUUCCUAUUUAAUUUUAUCCCUAAUUUUUUUCUUUCUUUAUUUUUUUUUUUAUUUAUUUUUCUUACUCUAUUUUGCUUUCUUAUUUAUUUUUCUUUCUUAUUUAUUUAUUUAUUUUUUUUCUUAUCUAUUUUCCUUUCCUAUUUAUUUUUUUUUCCUAAUUUUUUUCUUUCUUAUUUAUUUUUCUUCCUUAUUUGUUUCUGUUUCUUAUUUAUUUUUCCUUCCUAUUUAUUUUUAUUUAAUAUUUAUUUUUCUUAAUUUUUUUUUCCUUACUUUAUUUUUCUUUUCUAUCUACUUUUCUUUCGUAUUUAUUUUUCUUUGUUAUUUAUUUUUCUUACUUAUCUAUAAUACUUUUCCUUCUUAUUUAUUUACUUUCUCUUUCACAAGUCUACUUUUACUUCUAUUCCUUCUUGUUUAUUCGCUUGUACGCAGUUAAAAUAGAGGCCUUGAUUUUUUGUGCCACUAAAUUAGUGUCCUGCCACUCACUUGUUUCCUUCCAUUCAAGCACCCAUCAUCUCAAACUAGUUCACACGUUCAAUAGGCAGUCGAUAACUACUUGAAAAAAAUGCUAUUUGCACACCCACAUACACAUUUACAAUCAAUCGCACACAAACACCGCCACUUACAACAUUUACACGUAAGGAGUAAAAAAUUUUUGCUUUGCAAUUAAAAGAGAAAAGUAUAAAAACUAGAGGUUUUGUGUUAAAACCAAUAAACGAGAAGUGAAUAACAAAAUUAAAAACAAUAAAUAAAUAAAUGAAUAAAUAAAAUAAGUUGAUCGGCAACAAGUAUGUGAAGUUGUUGUUGCAGUGCAUCAGAAACACAGACGAAAGUUAUGUUAGUUAUUCUUAAUCAUUAAAAAUAUGGAUGAAUGGAUGAAAAUAUAGUUUUUAUUACUUACUAUAAUUAAACUACUAUUAUAAUUAUAAAAAUUAUCAUUAUCGAUAUUACGAUUAAUUAUGCAGUUAAAUUUAUUUAAUUAUGUGUGUUUUAUAUAUACAGAUGUAUGUAUUUACAAGUGCAUAGUCGCGCC